AUGGUAUGCCGCACCAUAGGGCUGAGCUAACAAUGCACGGUACUAUGGCUCAACGGGUCCUUGCGCUAAUGGUUUGACAGCCAGAAGCAUUGCUACUUUACAUGGGCGUGCCAUUACCACAACCGGUAUAGGCUAUACGGGGAUUCAGUAUCGAAGGAUAGGAGUUCGAGUAUCGUUUAUUUUCAGAACUACGUUACGAUGGAGACUACUUCCACAACAGUCACAAGGACAACAGUAAUAAGUGAGCAGCCACGGGAGGGACAGAGCCGAUCUGUCGUCAUCCGGGGGCCCAAUACAGAACACGGCUGGUCUACAGGUCUGUGUGACUGUAUGAAAGAUCCAAAGUCAUGUUUGUUUGCCUUCAUUUGUCUGCCGUGUUUCGACUGUUACCUUGCUACUAGAAUGAGGGAAGCCUGUUGUAUACCAAUCAUGGUACCCGGCGGUGAGACUGCCAUGCGCACAAAGCUUCGAACACAGGAAAACAUUUACGGUUCCAUCUGUGAUGACUGUCUUAAAGUUAGCUUCUGCCCCUGCUGUGCCUUAGCUCAGAUGUCACGAGAAUUGGACCAUAUUGAGCAUAAGAUCUAGUAAUCUUCGCCAAGAAAAUAUAUGUAUUCCCCUUGCAUCUGUAAUCAUGUUUGCACAUAUUAAGCUCCACGUGUAUAGGAUUGUUGCAAAGAUAUCAUAAACACCUUCUUUUUGAAAUUGUAGUCCACCACUCAUAAGUAGUAUGGCUAAAUUACUGUAAGGCAUUGGAUACCUUUUCUUGUCAAAGACGUAAGCUUCCUAAUGUAUAUCUGUGUUUUGAUUGGUCCGAGGUGACGUUUAGCUGCUGCACUUUAGGUCGUCUGCAUAUGAAUGGAGGUGAAAGGUGAGUAUGGACGGGGAUUGACUUAAGCUAGAGGCCACUCUAUGGCGUUACUCUCAAGCCUCGAAGUGUGACGUCAGGUGUUCAGGCUAUAGGUCUUCAUUGACCUCAGUGAGUGAGGGCACUGUUUGGGUCUUAUGACGUCAUGUGCAAAUAGGGUACACAUGUACAUUUAUAAAAUGUACAUUCACUGUACUCGGAUAGGGCCGAAUCUAGGGCUGGACUUUGCUCUUUGACGAUUGUUUUCCAUACGUAUUUUAAAUAGGGUCGUCACACUUUCUAUAGGCCUAAACAAACUUUGUUCACUUUUUUUUCAACAAAAAACAAUGUACAAAUGUACAUGUAUGCUUUAAAUAAACAGGUAGGUCACUACGUAGACUAAAGACCAAUGAUGUAUAAUGACUUCUCUAUAUUUAUAGAUUGUAGGCAUCAGACAGAACCUUUGGAUUCGGUGAAAUCAAAGAACACAACACCAGAAAUUCUGUUAGUAAGAUCUAAAUCUCACAGUUUAUAUCAACACUAUUAUGCUACUGUUUUUUUAUGUACAUGUAAUUAUUAUUGCUGUAUUUAUUGUUACACGGUAAUAAACAAGCAGCUCAGGUCACAGUUAAAGGCAGUGGACACUAUUGGUAAUUGUCAAAGACUAGCCUUCACAGUUGGUGUAUCUCAACAUAUGCA